CAGGUGAUGGGUCGUUAUCAGUUACUCCGGAAGACUAUUUGCCAAGACACACCCGCAGAAGUACAUUCUGUCAAAGGAAUCGGUCACUUGGACCGUAGGCAGCUUGCUUCAUUGUUGGUUGAAAGUCACGAAGCCAACAAAGGGUUGCAGCAGGAACUGGUGGAAAUGAAGGUCAAACUGAGUGAGGCCCUGGGAGACAUUAAAUUACUACGCAAACAGUUGAAAUCGCCUGUCCUUGGGCCUCCUAUUACUCAAAAGACAGAAUUAGAUGAGAAGGAGAAAUGGGUGCUACAAAUGGAAAAGUUAACGGAGCGUGUGAAUGAAUUAGAACGGGAGCUGGCUCGGUGUUGCGAUGACAAACAGGAACUGGUCACCGAACGAGAUAUCUACCGUAACAAAUGUGAUCGCCUGAAUAACGAACUGAACUACAUCCUGAAUGGUGAUGAUCGUAAAAUUGUGGACAUUGAUACGCUUAUUAUGGAGAAAAGAUUACUGAAUUCUCGUCUCCGAGCUCUCGAAGAGGAGAAGAGACUAGCAAUGGCGACCUUGACCAAAUACCAACGAAUGAUGGAACGAAAGACCUCAAAAACAUCGUCCGUCGGCAGCGAUUGCCCUUUCACCCCAUGCGAAUCGCCAAACCACCAGACAUCUGAACCCAAUUCCGAGGCAAUUCCAGUAGCUGCGAUCGCCGAUCCAGUUGGGAAGCAUGAAAAUCCGGAUUUCGUGCCCGACCGGUCAAAAGAAUAUUGAUCCUUUUCUCCACCUGGAUAACCUUAUGAGCAUUUAUGGGUGAUCAGCCUAUGCCCCUUGUGAUAGAGACACGUGCAUUUUUUCAUUCUCCGUAUGUUGUCAUGACACCUUGUACUUUAGUUUGAGUUUCAUGUUUAGUGUUUCGUAACUUUUACCAAGUGCACAUAUACACUCACUACUUUUUUC